GGCUGGCAUACCCAUUGCACUCGACGUCGCAGACGACAUUCACAGUGAACACGGAUGUACCGUGCCUGGCCUGUUACGAGGCAGCUCGUAACGCGCAAUGUCGGCGGUUGCGUUAAAGUCGUCCGACGACGACUUGCGACCGAGGCAGAGGCCGCACCACAACCCCCCCUGCCAAAGAAAAAGAAGAGCGUGAUUCGGAGGUUGCUCUUCUGGUCGGGGACGGCAACCGCGACAUUUUACGUUGGAAGCGUCUUCGUCGCGUUCAAGGACGAGCGGUACUAUGACUUCUUCUCGGACCACGUCCCUUUCGGUGCUUCGUUCAUUCAGUAUGCGGAAGACCAUGACUGGGACACUCUAACGGUUCAAAACCUUGUGGACUCGGGGAAGAGGACCGUUGACAGCGUUCAGCGGAGAGUUACGGGGGCAGCGAAGGAGGCUGAACAGCGCGUGGAGAAAGCCAAGGACGCGGUGUCUGCUGACAAGGCCAAGGCUCUAAUCCAAUCAACUGCGACUGCUGGUUCCGAGCGUAUCAAGGCUGUUACGGAUUCUCUCAGAACGAACGUACGGAAGAGUGAAGAGAAGGUUGUCGAGGGCGGUCGCAGCGCCGCUGCUGCUGCCAAGCACCAAGCACUCCAGUUCUCUUCUGAGGUCGAGGACCUUGUCCGGAAGGCGGAAGCAGCACUUGCAGGCAAGCCGGUCGAGCCCUUGCCGCAGAGCACCAUGUCACCCGGUCAGCAUGGCAUUGCCCCGCAGGAGAGUGCUUCGUCCGAAGCUGAGACUGACAAGAAAAUCUACGAGGCUCCGCUCCCUGUGGGCUUUGAGCCUCCACCAGGUUUCUCAAGACCAGCCCCGCCCAAGAGGGCCGAACCCACGCGCCAGCCCGAGGCACCCCCCGCGCCCCCUCCCCUCCCCCUCGUUGCCCCCGCGGUUGCUGAGCUACAAGCCUCGGAGCCGAUCAUCACCCACCUCGCCUCUACCAUCGACAAUCUCGCCUCUUACCUGAAUGCCAAUCCCACUGCCGCUAACGAAGCGCGGGAUGUUCUUGACAAUGCCAAAAUGGACCUGACGCAGCUCGUCAGUCAUAUGGAGAAAAUCAAAGAACAGGAGCGUUCACAACUGGAGGCGAAGCUGGAUGAACAAACUCGGGAGUAUUCUCUGAAGCUUCUGGAGAUGGAGAUGGAGGCGCAGGAUAAGCUUGACAACCAGGAGCAGGGCUUCAAGCAAUGGUUCGAGCAGGAGCGGCAGAAAUUCGUCAAGGCGUACCGGGAGAAGCUUGAGAAGGAGCUGCAAACCCAGAGCGAGCUGAUCAAUGAACGUCUCAAGGAGGAAGUCAUCGCUCAGGGUAUCGAACUUCAGCGUCGCUGGAUUCGUGAAAUCAAGGUUCGCGUCGAACAGGAACGCGGGGGACGACUCGCCAAGCUUGAUACCCUUGCAGCCAACCUUAAGCAGCUAGAACGGGUUGCUCUCGACAACACCGCGUACCUUGACGAGAACUUGCGCGUGCAUGCUUUGUGGUCCGCUCUCCGUGCGGUCAACCAUGUCUUGGAAUCACCCGUCAGGAAACCAUUCAGGGAGGAGCUGCGGGUCCUUAGACAUGUUGCAGCUGCGAAGGAAGACGACGUGAUUGCCACUGCCCUAGACACUAUCGAACGGACAGAUGUUCCUGACAUUGGUGUUGAGCCGCUCCCGGACCUGGUGACAUGGUUCACGACAUCCGUCGCUCCCCGUGUUACUUCGGUAGCGCUCGUACCAGAUGAGGGCACACCAGGGUUGCUCCCCCACCUGGCAUCGCAUUUUUUGUCCACGUUCACAUUCCGGAGACAAGGCUUUGCGCAGGGCAACGAUGUCCUCAGUACCCUGGCUAGAGCGGAAUACUACUUGAACGAGAAGGACCUGGAUAGCGCGGCAAGGGAACUUAACCAGCUCAAGGGGACACCGAAAAUGUUGGUGCAGGACUGGCUCGAGGCGGCUCGACGAAGACUAGAGGUGCAACAGGCUUUGGAGGUUGCGCAGGCGGAGGCGACGCUGGCUUCGCUGUUCGUUGUCUAAUUGUUCCAUCAUAAAUAGACCGACAAUGGACGUUAAUGCCAAAUGAUGCCAAAAAACCUAUAAAUACAGCGAACAGGUGAAAGCAGGAAAAUGGGGUAGAAUAUCAUCCACAGCCGGCAGCGGCGUCGCCCUAGCUAGCGGGAUAUGGGCGUCCCGCUUGUUGGUGUACCGUUCACAGCUGCCGCUGCUAGAGCACAUUCACACACUACUUGCGCUCUUCUCACCACUGUCUGCACGUUUUCUGUUUGCUUGCCACCAGGUGUCAUCGGACCGCGAUUCACUUUGACCAAGCCAGGGAAGAUGGUCGCACCGACACGGUCCGGCUGCCCGCUUUCGCUCUUCAAGCAUCUCUUAAUGAGUUCAAUUUGUCGAGGGUAGAGCGGGCUGCCAAUCUCAGGGACGAAGGAGCGGUAGAAUGCGUCCACCGUCCCUCCGGCGCUCGAGUUUGAGCCGUGCAGCAUCCUGGAGAAUUGGUAGCCCGCUUCGAGGACGGGUAAGAAUGCCGCUGUAAGCGAGGGAUUUGUGCACAGCAACUCUGCGAGGGUGGGCAUCUGCUCGCUGAAAAUGUUGAGAAGCAUUUGAGGUGAACAGGCUUCAACCGCUGCAGAGAACGUUUGGCGGCGCCAUACGCUGGCAACCGUUGGGUCCUUGGCGAAAAGGUGUUCAUGGAUGCGAGUUAGCUGGAUGUUGGCUUCACUUGAAUCUGUUACGAUGAGGCAAUUUAUUAUGCCUUCUGAGAUCGCCUCC